AUGCAAGAAAGAUUAGUAAUCAAUCAAUGUCGAUUUGUAAAAAUAAAUAUGGAAAAAAGUUGCUCGACAAAAAUAAUUGGCAAAUAUCCCCAUAAAAAUCGACGAACACAAAUUUAUUCAAGUGACUUUGAUGAUUCCGCGGAAUAUCCAUUUAAAAAUUCUAAAGUACCAAUUCAAGGACGUGUACCAUCAUUAUUGUCACGAAUCACUGAUAUGAAACAUGAUCAUUUUCCAUUUGAAAAUUUUUGCCUUGUCGAAGUUGCAAAUAAAAAGGAAUUACAAUCAUCAUUGUAUUUUUUAUAUAAUCGUGUUCAUUAUCAUAAAUGUGUUAUUAAUGUAUUCUUUCACACUGAUGGAGCGAGAAUUCUUCAAGGUGUUGUUGAUAAAGUUUGGACGAGAGGCUAUUCAAUGAAUGUUCGAUUUAUCGUUUUUAUGGAGAAACUUAAUAGGACAAUUGUUCUUGGAGCGUCACCUUAUGUUUCGCCUGGCACAUGUACAAUUGGUAAAUUAAUUGAGUGGGGAAGAUGUGAAAAUGGAACAGUAAUUCUUUAUCAGCCUUCUUUAUAUCCACCGAUAAAAAAUUUUGGCGGAUGUAAUAUCACAUUUAUGAUACAGCCACAUUUUUUACCAUACGUCGAAAAUAAAGGACCUAAUCCUGGUGGUGUAGCUGGCAAUCUUCUCAAGGAAUUAGGAAGAAUAAUGAAUUUUAAGCCAAUAUAUGUUUGGAAAGUAAAUGGUGCCGAGAUUAGUGAACAUUUUGAAAGACAUAAUUUAAAUGUUGUUUUAAAUUUAGUUCCACGUGUACCACCGUCUUAUGAUAAAUAUAUAUUUUCCAUUGGACUCGUACAAAAAGUAUUUAUCAUUCCACGUGGUGAUAAUGUUUUUCAUUUAAAUGAACUUCUCAAUCCAAUUGAUCGAACAACUUGGAUUUUUAUAUUUGUUAUUUUUCUAUUUAUUGGAAUUAUUUGUUUUACUGUACGUCAAUCGGAAUCAAUGAAAAUUAUUUUCGAUAUCUAUGGUAUAUUUUUAGGUGUAACGGUUGGUGAAUUUUUAGAUAUAAGAUGGUUAAAAUGUUUUUUAUUUUUCUUUCUAUUGCCAUCGUUUGUUUUUUUUCAAGCAUAUCUUGCAUCAAUAACAGAAAAUUUAUCAACACCAGGAACAUUUCAAGAAAUAUUUACAAUUGAUGAUUUAAUGAAAUCUGAUUUAAAAAUUUUAUGUGACAAAGAAAUAAGAGAUUAUGCAUGUCCAGAAUAUAAAAAUGCACAUAGAAAAUUGUGUAAUUAUUGUACAAAUAUAAGCGAUGAAUAUCUUUAUAAUGAAUUUUUUCCAAAUUUAUUUACAACUGGUUUAUUAAAUAAUUCAGCUGUUGAAAUAAAUAAAUUUGUAUUGUUAUCACAUCCAAAUAUUCAUCAAUAUGUUAAUGUCAUUGAAAAAGAUCAAAUAAGUCUUAAUCAAUUUGCAAAAGUUCGUGAGGGUAAUGAUUAUAUAUUUGAAAUGGCUAAAGUAUAUAGAAAAUUUGCCGAAAGUGGAAUAUUAAAUUUUUUUGUUGAACGUUUUGCAACAUAUAAGGGACCAUUUAAAAAAAAGAAAAAAUAUGAAAUUAAAUAUAAAUUAUUGUAUAUUAUUAUGAUACCUGGAUGGAUUAUUUCAUUGAUUGCAUUUUUAGGUGAAAUUAUUGUUAAUAAAUGUUCACGUAAACAAUUGAUAUGUAAUUAA